AUGAGUGACGAUGAAGGCGGCCAUCUUUUUGAUAAGCACGUUUGGAGGGAGGAGUCGUACUGGGGAGUUCCGAUCGAAGAGUAUGCCCAUACAUUCGUUGAGAUGGAGGAGGAAGUGAAUCAGGUCAUGACCGAGGGUUGCAAGUUAGAUGCUUGCCUAGAUUGGUUCAUCAGUUGCCUGGAAGAGAACAGCAUAGACUAUGGGAGUUUGUAUGACCCCUCCACCUUGGAAACAGAUGAGGUUUUCAGAUUGGAGGAAAUGAAGAAAGAACUGCGAGAAAACUUAAAUCGCUUAAUUCCCGGCUAUCUUGAUGGCGAGUCAGAUAUUUUAACGGUAAAGAAAUUGACGAAUAGACUGGCGUGUCGAUGGCAUAAAGUCCAUGUGAGUAGCAAUAUAAAGGCGCCAGAUGCGGUUUCCGAUGCGCUUUUGGAUACUCUAAUGGAGAAGUAUUGUCGCCAGUCGAGUGAACAUGUUACAGCCUCGUCAACCACUGGAUUGCAAGAACCGCAACAAGACAGCUUUCUAGACUCAUGUCUUGAACUAAAGACGUUCAUUGAAGGGGAGCGAGCUACUGCUUCCUAUGCAUGUGGGGGUAGUAUCCCUAUUGCCCAAACAGCUGCAGUCUCUGAGAUCCACUCGCGAGUAUCCGGCCCCAUUAACAUCUUCUGGUCGAUUGGAAAUGGCUCAGCGAGACGUUUGUCACUACCUCUUAGACCAGAUGCUGAAGAUGCGAGCCCCGAAGUGCUGCAACGGCUUAUUGCCAGCUGUGGCCCAGCCAGUUUUGGUCGCGGAGAGCAGAACGUCAUGGAUUUAUCCUACCGAAAAGCCGGAAAACUAGAUCCGGAAAGCUUCGCAACAAGCUUCCACCCUGCUGACUUUGGAAUUAUCGAAGCUAUUGAGAAGGUGUUGCUUCCUGGAAUGCUCACCGAGGCAACGAAUACAUUAGGAUCGCGCAAGAUCUAUGCAGAGCUUUACAAGAUGAAUAUUUACUCGGGGCCAUCUGGGCUGUUCCGUAGCCACGUUGACACUCCCCGCUCUCAGACCCAAGUCGGUUCCUUGGUUGUUUGUCUCCCUGCGCGUUUCAAAGGUGGAAACCUCCUUGUAAGGCACCAGGACAGGGAGGUGGACUUUGAUUGGGCUGCAGGGAGUGAGGCCAGCAUCCAGUGGGCUGCCUUCUAUAGUGACUGCGAACAUGAGAUCAAGACCAUAACCGAGGGAGAUCGGAUCACCUUAACCUAUAAUCUGUACGUGUCAAGCGGAGGAGAAAACGUGCUUCAUUCGAUAAUCGAUCCCAAGUCGCUACCAUUGUACGGUUGGGUCAAGGACCGCCUCAUGAAACCAGGAUUUCUGGACGACGGUGGUGUUCUCGGCAUAUUCUGCUCGCACGCCUACCCGCAUACCGCCAAUGCCACCACCCAUGAUCUCCCAGGAGGGCUUAAAGGCUCAGACAUGGUAUUAUAUUCUGUUUUCCAGUCCCUGGGAUUAUACACCCAGGUUCUGCCCGUCUUGGAAAACCACGGGAAGUACAUUCCCGAAAACCCCGAGUUAGGGCUCAAAGGGCACAUCGAGGGCCACUACGACUAUAUCGGCGAGGAUGGUGACUAUUACUUUUCAAAUAAUCUCCAGCCAUACUUGGCCAGGAAUAUACCGCUUGCGGUGAACUUUACUGAAGUACUGCCACAGGUCUCCAGUCGAGAGGACCUUGCCGAUAUUGACCGACGAUGGAAGCUUUUGAAGAUGACGCGACGUCUGAAGGGUAUGGCUGGCGCGAUUUCUUUCGCACAAAGAGAAGGUCUCCCCUACACAGAAAAGGGCCCUCUUGCAGAAGAGGGAGCACGGGUUGGAUCACGCCUUCGACCUUACGACACGACGGAAUUGGGGAACGACAUGCCGAUGGACGAGGUGCUCCACUAUGUCUGGCCAGCAUACUAUCUGCCCGGGAUUACAUGGCUCACAGAGCCAAAGCACGAAGAGAUGGCAUUUAGUCAGGUCACAUAUGGAAAUGAUGCUGGUCUUGGAACCCGAUACUCGUGCGCUGCUAUACUCGCGGUGAUACCUCCAUGGGAUAGAAGAGAUACACUUCGCGGAAAUGAAUCCGAGGGUAAAUAA